UGCACCUUAUUUAAUGUUAAAUACUUGCCACAUUCUAAAAGAGAAAUACUUUUAUAUCUGAAUGGAUAAAACUGCAUAAAAGGUGAAACAUUUAUUUACAGACGAAAUAACUUACACCGAACAUUAAUAUGGUGUCAUAUGAAGCCAAAUAAAGAUCAAGGAAAAACACGCACACAUUUUUUCAACAACAAUAUGUGUUAUUUUAUUGUAACCAAACAUACACUUUGAUUCAAUUUCACCUGGUGUGCAAAGACAAUAAUUAACUGAAUUUUAAUCAAAAAGAUUUCAUUGCUUUUCAUUUCCCAAUGUAUAAGUGACAAUGUAUUGACACAGAAAAAAAGAAAAUGGUAUUUCAAAUGAAACAUAAAAGUAGCUCAUUCUAAUAAGCUUAUGGAUGUAACAGAGAAGUAAAGGAUCUGGUAUUCUGCAAUCACGAAUGAAGCCCACAGGAAGUGACGGUUUUGUGUUUAAAAAAAGUGGGGGGAAGAAAGAAGAAAAGUUUGUUUGAAAAAAAAAAGCAUAAAACAACAGCUUGUCGUCAUUACCACACACAUGCAAAUGGGAUAUAAAAAAACCUGGUUCCCUGCUUGGUAAGUAAGAACUGGUUCCCUGCUAAGUAAGUCAAUUCUGCAGCCAUGAAUGAGGCUCACAGGAAGGUGUUAAGAAACCAGCACGGCACCAUUCUCAAGAAUCUCAUGUUGGAUGCUGACAUACUGGGCUUCCUUCUACAGAAGGAUGUUCUCACCGAGACCAUGGUCCAGACCAUACAGGCCAAGUCAACGCAGCAUGAGAAGAUAAUUGAGCUUCUGUUGAUGUUGCCCAAGAGGGGGCCGCGGGCAUUCCAAGUGUUUGUGGAGGCCGUGAGGAAACACUCCUCCUUCCUGGCAGAGAAACUGGAGCACGACUAUGAGAAAGAGUUCAAGAUAAUGACUGAAGAAAUGGCAAAAUCUGCAGGUCUGGGAAACCAAGAACACAAAGAACAACAGAAACCAGUGGAGAACAACCCAAGUGAUGACAAAUCUGAGCUCAAACUCAAUAUUCCAGAAACACCAAUGAAUGUUGAGAUAUUAAUUGAGAAAAGUUUCGCAAAGCAGCCAACACGAGAUCAGCUGACGGAAAGGCGACAUUCACUGUCAAUCUCUACCACCAACCAUGCAAUGACGUCCAGUAUUGUGCAACAGAAUCUUAACACACUGUACACCAAGUUGAAGGCAAAGAUGCACAUGAGCAGUGCAAGAGAGCAUUCCUUCGCAACACCAGAGCCAGCCACAUUCAAAAUGGUGGACAAACUGGUAGAGGACGUGUUCCACGCUUUAGAUGAGUAUGAGAUGACCUUCGCUCAAUGUCAUGCACUUCUAGGGGGAAAAGAUCGCAACUACCCAAUAGUUUCUCAUAUCAUCAACCUCCAGAAAGCGAAGAGAGAGCUAGAGCAAGAGCUGAAGGCCAAGGAUUUACAGAAGAACAAGUAUGCAGAUCACAUUAGUAAACUGGAAAACAGGUGUAGAAACCAGGCUACAGAAGUCAACCACUUAAACGAAGAAGUCAACAAACUCAAAGAAGAAAUCACCAAGCUUCAAGCUAUAAAUAGUGAACGAGAGGAAAAACAGAAAAUCAUAGAUGAACUUCGUAAAAUGGUCAUGGAGGCAGAUACUUCUAAGAAGAACAAGCUUCGAAGUUCGUAUCUAGCUUUACAUUACGAUUCAAAUAGUAGUGAAAUUAAACAGCUUAGAGAUGAGGUUAAAAGACUGCAACUUGAAAAUGAAAACCUAAAAACAGAGAAUCUAAUGCUGAAGAAAUCAGACAAUUUGAAGAAGUUGGCCAAACUCAGGGAAGACCAAACUCAUAUUAAAUUAGAACUUCCUUUAGCUCAACUUGCAAACCAUGAUGAUGAAAAGGACAGUGUGAAUUCAAGUGUUAGAAAUAAACAUGAAUCUGCUGUUUCUCCUACACACGGCGUCUUAAGAGGUGCAGGUGCUAAAACGAUUGAAAUGGAGAGACAAUCAUUUUUAUAUCAAGGGCAGGAAAGGUCAUUUAUGCGGGCUUCUGCAGAUAAUAUCAGCUCUGAAAGAAUUGUUGAGGCUGUAAAGCCAUACAGAAGCAGGCCGAUUGAUAAAGAAAAGGAGAGAGAAACCAGAGAGAAAGAAAAAGAACUUGAAUUUAAAUUUUCAAACAAUGGACAGAAUGUGUCACUUGGGAGUAAACGAAGUUCCAGUAAGGACAGGUCGAGUAAACGAGUGACGUUUGUUGGAGAUAUAUCCAAAAAUAAUGACAGUGAGGAGUCCCCCUCUGCUCAUUUUGGUACUCUACACGCACAAGAAGCUGAGAAAAUCCUUGCCAAUGGACCAGGUCCAACCCUUCCAAAUGGGAACGGGAAAAUUCCGGUCGUGAAUUAUAAACAGGACAAGGGUGGAAUGAGCAGGGGAAGGUCGAGACAAACUGCACUGAAAAGUAAGGCUGCUUCCAAGCGGUCAGCAUCACUCACCAAUCUGGCUUCAAGGGAGAUGCUGAAGAUGUCAUCUCAGCUUAUUCAAAAAAGCAAAAACCUUCGACAACCCUUGGGAAACUGAAUUUUAAUUGGAGAAUAGUGUUCCCAGUAUUAUGAUAUUUCACUGCUCUUUGCAAACUAAAUGUCAGAAAGCAAAUUACUUCAGCAAUCAUUGUUCAAACUUGUAUAAUUUGAUAUUUACUUUAAAUCAAAACAAACACUUAAGCUUGUUUAAAAAAGGACAAAGUUGUGAGAGGAAUCAAAGAUAUCAGAGUAAUUGAACCUGUACAACUACUUUGCUAUUGUUUUUUGCAAUAUCUGCCUUGAAUGAGUGAACAAUAAAUAUGUAAUUACAAGUGCUUAAAGCAAGCCAUGCGAAAGACAAACAUAUAUAAUAGCUUCAUUUAAAUUGAUUUUUCUACACAAGUGGAUUUUUUAUGAAUUUUUUUAAUCCUCAUAAAAGAAAACUGUGUCUAUGAGCAUCAACACAGUUUUAAAAUACAGUUAAAAUUAUGAAAAUACAAUCAGUGUAAAUAAAAAAGUCAUGGAAAAUUGCUUAUUAAGCUUGAAGUAUAGAUAAAAUAUUACAAAAAUAUAUUUAGACCUUGAAAUGAUUAGUAUUGUUUGUGAAAAUCACCAAAAUAGCCAUUCCCAGUUUGAUGUCCUAUUCCAAAUUCACAUAAUACAGUGUUAAUACAAAAUAUAGUAAAUAUAGUCAUGUUCUUCAUAACAUAUGGUAAAAUUUUGAAUUAAAAGUGAAGAAAACUUUAUUUUUAUUUUUUAAACAGCAUAUAUAUUAUACACUAAGGUACUUGAUGAAAUUUGACAGCAACUUGAAAUGCUUACUGUCUCAUAAUAUGUUGGAAAGGUCCAGGGGAUGGUCUUAUUAUUACUUGCUUUUGCUUUACAAUCAUCACAAUGAUUUAACCACUAAACAAAAUUUCAACUUAUGAAACAAUGUUGUGUUUCGCUUACAUCACAAAACUCCAUGCAAGAUUUGACUGGUUCUGAGAAUAGCAAUUGGAGUUUUUUAAUGUCACCAGCACAGAUAUAGCAAAGUGGCUCGAAUGGUUGGUAAAGAACUGUUUAAUUUUAUAGAAUUUUAUAUAUAAUUGUUAGUAAAACCAUCCAUAAAAGUACAAUAAACUUAUACCAGUAAA